UUCGACCUAGACUCUGGCCCGGCGGAGAGCUCUGCCGCGCACCCUUUCCUUUUGCAUGUCUCGCCGAACGUCUUUCCUUGCGCUCUCUCUCUCCACCCCAGCCCGCGGCACGUCCACGCCCACGGCCCUGCGCUGGUCCUUCCGUCUUGAGGUACCACUACUACCUUUGGAUUUCUGCUUCUCCUUCAUCCACAAGUCUUAUUUUGUUCGGCCUGAUGCAUGAGAGAGCUUCGUCAAUUCCGUCGCUUGACUCUUGUGUGCGCCGCACCACUGCCCCAUCCCACCCUUUCCUUCAAUCCGACCUGCCGCAGCAGUCAUGUCUUGGUCUGCUCCCUCACCCGGAGCUCCUCCCUCCUACUCACAGCAAGCUUCGUACGCUCAUCAGCCGUACCCUCCCUAUCCGCCGUCAAAUGGCGCUCCUGCGCCGCCCAACGCGUCGGUACCCUAUCCUCCUAAGCGCAAAGGUAACCCUGUGAUUACCCGGUACCCCCUCCCGCCUGGCUAUCGUCCUCCACAGGCCCCACCAGGUGCACCUCCAUAUGGGUCAGCUCCAUAUCCGCCACAAGGCUACCAGGCACCAGUUCAAGGCUACCCUCCUCAGCCAAACUACCCCUCAGGGCCCCCAGCAAAUUACCAGCAGUCUUAUCCCGGAUAUCCGCCGAACUAUCAGCAGCCCACCCCAGGCUACCAACCAGGUUAUCAAUGGCCAGCUCCACCACAGGGCUACCAGACACCGGCUCAAGGUUAUGCUGCGCACUCCUACCCACAAGGUUAUCAACAACCGGGGGCAUCUGAUCCUGCCGCACCUCUGGCAAGCUAUCCGCCAGGGGGAUGGCAGCAGCCACCGCCGCCACCCGCAACCAGCCCACGAGGCUCUCAAGCUUCCCCUACCGAUCAAAAUGCGACACCCACCUCGGCUCAUAUCCAGCCUGGCACUGCUAAUUCCUCACCUACUUCUAGCCAUCGUCCACCAAAGUCGAAGCGGGGUCCGUCCUCGCGGACCGUCAGCAUCAGUGCUGACGAAAUACCGGAAACCCACAAGCUCUACCAAACAGAGCCAUAUGUGAUCAAUCUAGGGCUAGAUGAAUGGGAUCAAACAGACUUUGACGGUGCUAUAUGGCCCAAAGCAAACGAUCCGGUUGAUACCGACCUUAGCUUAGGUGUCAUCAAUUGGCAUCCUGCGGAGCAAAUAACACGCGCAUUGCCAUGGGACUUCCACGAAGCUGAAGAACGGGCGAAACACCCACCACCUCCAGCACUUGGCAAUGGGGAAUCAGUCUCUAUAUACUUCACACCGGAAAAUGCCCACGAAGCGUUCUUGAACGUGAGGCAGACGGACGAAUGGGAAAACAUGAAGCAUGACUCGAUUUUCCAUGAAUUCACGGAGCCAUCUGCGACUAUUCCAUUGGAGGAGGUCAUAAACAACCGCGAUCGUGUUCAAGAAGAAGAGGAAAUUCCGCAUGAAUCUGACUGGAAUGUUAUGGACAACCUGGACCAGGCUCUUUCUAACGAGCAGGAUGCUAGCGGCUCGAAGACCACAACGGGCAGCGGACCGUCUCCACCUCCGUUCCAACCUCCUCCGAGAGAUGAAGCACAGGAAGAUAUCCUCGCAUCCUUGGGCGUGACGGGUUCACCCAAACCUAUUCAACCCUUGUCUGGACCGCAGCCGAUGCUUCCACCAAAGCCCGAAAGGAGUGGAAGUAUGGAGAGGUCAAGUCUACACUCGAGACCACCGCCACAUCUUCCAUUCCACAACGGUUACCAUCAUAGUGGGCUGCCACCGCAUAUGGGGUCCUCACAUUCCCCACCAAUCCCGCCGCCCCCUCCCCAGCGUGAACGUUCACCCUCCUAUGACCCCUGGAAGGUGGAUCAGUUACCCUCCACCAACAGCAGGACACGCAGUCCGGCCAUUUCUGACUCGAGCCAGCACACGGCUGCUGGUUCCGACUUCCACAUGGAUGAUAAUGAUCCUUUCAAUGCUAAUGCGCCUCCACCUCAGUUACAUCGAAAUGAAAGCAGUGCCGGCCGUAAAAGAAGCUACGAGGAAGCAGAAUCAGGAGAAGAAAAGCACCGGCAAGAAGAUGACUACACACCGCGCAUCAAGCGACGACAGCCACGUGUCGCUGCUGCAUAUGGCCGCCGCUAGUCCCAUUCUGCGCAACCCCACAGCAUGUGUCUGCAGACAGCUUGCUGUUGGCGUGUUGGUUGCUGCCGCACUUGGCACCAUUCAUCGUCUGGGUGUUGGAUAAAGCUGCUUGAUUUACAAAGCAGCGACGAAGUACACGUGUAAUAUACGGACGGAUGCUUCUUUCUU